AUUAACUCAUGAUCUUAAAAAUUAGAUAACUCUUUUCAACAACAGCAGAAACUGUAUCUAGCAGUAAAUAAUGGAUGAAAUUCUUUAACAAUACUUCUGGAAUACAAAUAAAUAUUGAAAGGAGUUUGAAAAAUGAUGCUGUAUUUAUCCAUAAUAUUAUAGAGCGAAAAUCUCAAUUAUUAUGUUCGUCAAAAUUAUAAGACUUUCAAUUAAGAAUAGUUGUUUUCAGCUUAUAUUAAAAAAGACUUGCAAUUUGAAAUUUAAAAAUAAGUAUAAAUGGAAGUCUUAGAAAGAUUUGUUGCUAAUUAAAUGUCUUUUAGUGAGAAUAUGCUCGUUUCUUAUUUAAGUAAAGAAGCUUAAAUGUUACCAGCUUAUUAUUCAAUAAUAGCAUAAAACCUGUUAUUAAAUGGACUCAAUGUCUUUGAUAAACUUAAUAAGAUUCAAUAAAUUGAAUAUAUGAGAUUAUCUAUCUAAGCAGGUUUUUUGAAUUCUGACAUACUUUAAUAAUUUAUCAAAAACUUAAAAAUGGAUGAUCAAUUUGCUGAAUCAUUAACAUUGCUUUAAUUUAAAUGUAUAAUGACUGUAUUUGAUCAUUGUGCUACUUCUCCUUAUGAUUUAGGAUUACAACCAGGCUUCAUAGAUUACUUAUUUAAUAAAUAUUUACAAAGACUAAGUAAUUUUGAACUUGUUGCUUCAGAGAUUAUUAAACAUGAGUUUUCUUAACUUAUUAUUACUAAUCACUAUAAUUUUUUAAGUGAAGAAUAAUACACUCAAAUUAAGAUUGCGUAUGCUAAAAUGUAUGAAUUAAAUUCUAUAUUUAAUAAGUUUUGAGAAAAUGUUUAAUAAGAAUUACAAUUUUAUUGUGCAUAGAAAUUUAAAUGGUAAAGAUAUUGCUAAAAAAUUAUAUUGGCUUUAUUCACCAGAAGAUUUUAAAUUAAUCCAAAGAACUCUCAAUUAUCUAAUAUCCAGUUCUAUUUAUUAAAGUGAAUUCAAGGUUGAUUAUACUAUUUAUGCAUUAUCAUGUAUUUAAUUAUUAAAUAAAUCAUAGAAUAUUUUAAGUAUUUCUCUCCAUAGUUAUACUCUUUAUCAUUAAAAUACUGUUAGAAAUAAUACAAUUACAAAACCUCAAAGAAUGAUAUUAAGCAAAUCAUUUAUUUAUUGAACAGCAACUCAAUAAAAGGAUUUCGAUCUAUUCUAAGUGAUCGAAUUAUGAUUGAUGAUGUAGAAAUAUUUAUUAGAAAUGCUUUCAUUUCUUACCUUAACAAUGUAAAAGAAGAAGAAUUGUUAAUUUUUGAAGAUGCUUUUGAUCCAAAUAUGGAAUUAGAUGUUGAAAUUGAAUUUAAUGAUGCUGAAUAUUCAGAAAUCUUACCAUAUUAUUAAAACAAUCAUAAAAAUUAAGAAGUUCAAAAUCAUCAAAAUUAAUAAUUAUUUAUUGCUAAUCUAAAAAAUAAAUUCUAUGCUUUAUAAAACAUUUUAUAGAAAAAUGGAUUUUAAAGAAUCUAAACUUCUAAAAUAAACAAAAGAAUUACUAUAUUAGAUCCAAUUCUUACUUUUAUAGAAGCAUUAUAUUUUGCAUCUAUUUAUAUUCCUGAAUUUUAACCAUAAACAAAAAUAUUUAAAACUCCAUAAAUGCUGAAAUUUAUUAAUAAUCUUAUUUAUAUGCCUAAUCUAUUAGAACAUUUAAUUUAAUUGAAUCAAAUUUGGCCUAAUUUAUUUAGUGAAGAUAUAAAAUCUAUAAUAUUAAUUAAUAAAUCAAGAAUAGAUCAAAUUUAUAAUUCUUGUAAGAAUCCUUAAGAAUUUAUUGAUAAAGUGGAAGGACAAAUAAAGAAGUCACAUCUAGAAAGAUCAAGAAAAUAACUUUAUAGAAAUAGAACAUAUUAAGGAAUUAUAUCAAUGUUUAAUUUUAUACGUCCAAAACCACAUUCUAUAUUAUCACCAAUAUUGAAAAAUCCAUAUGAUGAAUACACAAUAGAAGAAGCAUAUUGUAAUUCAGAGAAUAAUACAUAUUGGAAAGUAUCUUAAAAAAGUGAGAAUGUGAUAUAACACACUCAUUUUAAGGAAUUAAUAUGGUAAUCUCUUAAACUUGAUUCAAAUGAAUGGAUAAUUAAUUAUAGUGAUUAUCCACAUAUUCUUGAUUUUGUUUGUUUAAAAUAGAAAAUAGCAGUCUUUUUAGAAGAAUAUCCUCGUUUAAUUAGAGGGUUAGAGAAAAUAUAUACAGUGGAUACUGAAAGAUCAGCAGAAUAUUUCUCAAGACUUGGUUAUUAAAUUGUGUUUAUAGAUUAUAAUGUCUAUCAUCCAGAUAGCAAAUAGAUGUUGGAUAUUUUGAAAUAAAAAUUUAUAUUUCGUUAUAAUUGA